CUCCUUCUCAGGGCUUAGAUUAGAUUGCAAUGACAGGAGCCAACACAGGAUUUGAGAGGAUGCUUUGAAGGGUGACAAGUUGUAUAAACGCCCCUGUGUUUAUGUUCCCACCGUGGCUGGGAAAUGAGAGAUUAUUCCAUGUAAAGAGUAAAUCCCUUAAAAGUACAGGUGGCGUGAUUUUGCCUGCUGGUCCACCUGACCAAUAACAGAGCAGACACAAGAGUCACCUUAUUUCUUUUGGCGCCACCUUUGCUAUGUUUUCCACUUUUCCAGACUUCAGAAAACAGCCCUUUUUAUGUUGCUCAGACAUGUCUUAAAACGUAAACUCCAAUAAUUAGCCUGGUGGUUAACUCCUAUUUUUUUUAUUUUUAGGUUGCCCACAUGCUUCAGCAUCAUUUCCAGUCCGCCUGAAGAGGAAUUUGGCGCACAGUCGUGAUAAAAGGGAUGAAUGAGGGCCGCUCUGCUGCGACCCUCCUGAGAAGGUGCCACCUCGCCCUGUCCAAGGCCGACACCGUCAGCUCUGCACCAGCCAGGCAAGCCCUCUCUGUCGACCCCGGCGAUGGCGUUGCCGCCCAGCCCGAGAACGAAGCGACCUUUCCCUUGUCCGAAUUCUCCGACUUAUUCGAGAGUGCUGAGGGCUCCCCCGUGCAGGUGUUGGCGAUUCAGCCUGGCCAGCCUGUAGACGGCAGACAAAACCUGCGGAUUAAGUUCCAAGGUGCUUUCAAGAAGGGCAUUUCCAACCCAAUGGAUCUGCUGGAAUCCACCAUGUAUGAAUCAAAUGUGGUUCCAGGUGCAAAGAAAGCACCCAUGGACUCCCUCUUUGACUAUGGCACCUACAGGAACACAAGUAACCAGAAGCGACGCAGGAAGAAGCUGCCCCGAGGUAAAACAGAGACAUCCGGUGAGGACGGUCCAAGUGAGGACGCCCCAAAGGUUAUGAAAGUAUUCAAUCGCCCACUUCUCUUCGACUGUGUGUCACGUGGGGACCCCGAAGCCAUGGAAGGUCUGUUGGAGUACUUGCAAAAUAACGACAAGAGACUGACGGAUGAGGAGUUCCGAGAGCCAUCCACUGGUAAGACAUGUCUCCCUAAAGCCCUGUUGAACCUCUACAGUGGUCGGAACGACACUAUCCCACUGCUGGUGGACAUAGCAGAGAAGACUGGAAACCUCAGAGAGUUCAUCAACACACCUUUCAGGGACAUCUACUACAGAGGCCAAACGGCGCUCCACAUCGCCAUCGAGCGGCGUUGUAAGCAAUAUGUGGAACUACUGGUGGAGAAAGGAGCCGAUGUUCACGCACAGGCCAGAGGACGUUUCUUCCAGCCUAGAGACGAGGGCGGCUACUUCUACUUUGGUGAGCUGCCUCUGUCGCUGGCGGCGUGCACCAACCAGCCUAACAUUGUGCACUACCUGACUGAGAAUCCCCACAAGAAAAUCGACCUGCGGCGCCAAGAUUCCCGUGGCAACACAGUUCUCCACGCCCUGGUUCACAUUGCCGAUAACACCAAGGACAACACCCGUUUCCUUACAAAGAUGUAUGACCUGCUUCUGAUCAAGAGCGCCAAACUGUACCCAGAGUGCAGCCUGGAGAGUGUGUUCAACAACGAUAGCAUGUCACCUCUUAUGAUGGCGGCCAAGCUGGGCAAGAUAGGGGUUUUUCAACACAUAAUUCGUCGUGAAAUCAAAGACGAGGACGUUCGUCAUCUGUCACGCAAGUUUAAGGACUGGGCUUACGGACCGGUGUACUCCUCCCUCUAUGAUCUGUCUUCAUUAGACACGUGUGGAGAGGAACCAUCUGUGCUGGAGAUCCUCGUUUACAACAGUCGCAAUGAGACUCGCCAUGAGAUGCUGGCGGUGGAGCCAAUCAAUGAACUGCUGAGGGCCAAGUGGCAGAAAUUUGCAGCUGUCACCUUUUACAUCAGCGUAGUUUCCUACAUCUUCACCAUGAUCAUUUUCACCCUGGUGGCUUAUCACCACCCAACACAGGGAACGCCCCCGUAUUCUUACAUAACAUCCACUGACUACUUGAGGAUGGCGGGAGAGGUCAUCACAUUAGCGUCCGGAAUCUUCUUCCUCCUAACCAACAUUAAGGACCUCUUUUUGAAGAAGUGCCCCGGGGUGAAGUCGUUAUUUAUUGAUGGAUCCUUUCAACUGCUGUAUUUCAUUUACUCUAUACUGAUCAUAGUCACGGCUGCUCUCUACCUAUCCGGCAUUGAAGCCUAUGUGUCUGUGAUGGUCUUUGCUCUGGUCCUGGGCUGGAUGAACACGCUUUACUUCACCAGAGGCCUCAAGCUCACUGGCACCUACAGCAUCAUGAUACAAAAGAUUCUGUUUAAAGACCUUUUCAGAUUUUUGCUGGUGUACGUGCUCUUCAUGAUUGGAUAUGCAUCAGCUCUGGUAUCCCUCCUCACUGUGUGUCCUUCACCGGGCACGGACUGUGAAGGAGGCUGCCCGACAUACCCCAAGUGCAGGGACCCCGACACCUUCAGCAUCUUCUUACUGGACCUUUUCAAGCUGACAAUUGGGAUGGGAGAACUGGACAUGAUCCACAGCGCUCAGUACCCUGCAGUUUUCCUCAUUCUGUUAGUAACUUACAUCAUCCUCACCUUUGUGCUGCUGCUCAACAUGUUGAUCGCCUUGAUGGGGGAGACGGUGGGCCAGGUGUCGAAGGAAAGCAAGAACAUCUGGAAGCUCCAGUGGGCAACAACCAUCUUGGACAUCGAACGCUCAUUCCCAGUUUGCAUUCGAAAGUCAUUUCGAGUCGGCGAGAUGGUGACCGUGGGCAAGAGCUGCAAUGGGACACCUGACAGACGCUGGUGCUUUAGGACUGUACCAUACCACCAAACUAUAAGGUAUGUUCAAGGGUACAAAAAGCAGAACAUAUUGAACUACUCAAAAUGUGCAAUUUUAUUUUUGACAAGGAUCUUUAGCCAAAAAUAACACAUUAAGUAAAAAGACUGAGAUUUAAGUAUAUCAUUCUCAAAUACAUGAAAUAUAGUCACAUGGUAUUUAUACUUAUAGCAUGUUGACACUUAAAGGUGCCAUAUGUUACAAUUUCAUGUCAUCAUUAAAUGGCCCUGAUAUGUCAAAAGGCAUUAUUAAAUCAUGUUCUUUUCGAAUACCUCUACAACUGAUAACAGUAAUUCAGCCGGGAUAUGCUCAUUUCAAAAUUAGAUUUACAGCCCCGAAAUCUUGUUAUUGUUUUCAUUUCGAUACCUCGCCCUCCACCGUUUGACCAAUUAGAAAGUCCGUGAGUGUGUUACUUCCAGGUUGCCAGUUACGCACCGCCACCUUCGUCGAACUACUGCCACUGGUAAAGUUACUAAACAUGUCAGACCUUAGUAAAUCUAAAAGGCGUCGUUACGAUUCUCAACUUAUUCAUGACAAAGCCAGGAACAAAACAAGGAUUUGUAUUGGGGAUGCCUUUGAAAGAUGGAGACGAUUGAAGGCGGAGAAGAUUUUUUCAUCUGACGCUAAACUUGCUGAUUUCCUCCUUGAUAGUUAAGUAAGGCAUUUAUGUUUUCUUAUUACUUGUAAUAAAUGGAAAUGGACAUUCCGUAUGUAAACUAUAUUGUCCAAUACAGUCUAUGACCUUGUCUAACAAAGCUAGUAUGUUCAUGCAACAAAUGCUCAGGAGCGAAACUUAGCAUGCUAGCCCGGUCAAUGACACAUCGACAUAUACAGUAGGCUAAAGGGGGAAAUAUAUGCCCGUUAGCCUGUAUGUCGAUGUGUCAUCCAACUGACAAACAAAACCUAUGUGGAUAUGGGUAGUGUCAGUGCCUAUUUCGUUCUCGUGCUGAUAUGCUGAGGAAAUACGUUACAACGUUAGCAUGGCUAAUUGCGGUUUCUGGUACUGUAUGUGCAUCAGGCACAUAUGGGGUGGUAUUUGCUUGGCACAAUAUAAUGCAUCACAUGUAAUGAUUUUAUAUUUUGUGUAUUGACAUGGUAGUAGACUAUAUGAUUUAUGCGUAACGUGGUUUAUGCGUAACGUGGGUUGGCUCAUAGAAUUGCACGCUGCACUGAAAGAUGGUGAUGUGCGCAAAUGGAAGAGAAUGCAGUGUGUCAGGUUGGAUUCAACAUGGAGUUAUGCUGAACGAAAUGUGGCGGUAAUUUUACUGUUGGCCAUGGCUUGCCAUCAAAGUAGGCCUAUGCAAUAUAUAAUAUAUUAUUAUUUCGAUGGUGGUCCAUGCGGUCAAACUAGACAUUUUAGCAGGUUAAUGCCAACAAUCUGUCCCGACUCUUGAUGAAAAUGUUGCUGCGUAACUUUUGGCUAAUCGACAUCAGUAAAAUGUGGUAUAAUUGCUUAGUAAACCAUCUUGCAAGAAGCAUGAACAAGAGAAACCUACAGCGUAGGACUCGUCGAUUGCCAUUUGAAGUUACUUGGAGUAGGAUUCAGAUUCGGCUGCAUAUCUGGCAACCUCAGUCAUGGAGUGUUGGAGGGGACCACAGAAUUUUAACCGUGAUUGCAGCACUGGCCACAUUAUUACACAUGGCAACUUUAAGCUUUGUCUUUCGGGACGAACCCGGAGAAAAGUCGCUGCUUCUCCACAUCGAGAGGAAAAGAUGGUGUUCCCCCAGACGCCUACGUAGGUAGAUGUUCAAGGUAUGUAUCACUGGUAGAAGAUUUUGGGGAUACGUUGUAGAGACUCUGUCUCUCAGUUGGUCUCUGAUAAGUGGAACUGAAAACACGGAUUUUAGGAAGUGGUGACAGACAACAAAUUGUAUUUCUCCAGUGUUCAUGGCAGUUCAAAUCAGAUAAAUGUGCAGGACACAUUGCUUAAUUAAAAAAAUGCUGUUAAUUUUACACAAUUCAUUUCCUGGGGACACAAAUGGCACUGAUUUGGUGGAAUAGCCCAUGACCUACUGGCAGAAAUAAACAUCC